AUGGCGCCUUCACAGCGGUCCUCAAGAGCAUCUCACCCUGUUCGUUCUAGUCGCACAAAAGUUCAAUCAUAUCAUGAAGAUAGCAGCUCGGAAGACCAUCCUAAUGACAGCGAAUCUGACGAGGGGCAUUCCAGACGACUGUCGUUAUCCUUGCGCCCGCGCAGCUCAAACCGUAUGCCGCCAACGUACCGCGAGGAAUCGACUGAUGGCGAGGUUAACGAAGAGCCCUUGGAUGAAGAUGAUGAAAAUAUCACUGUACCUACCGAACAAGAACCUCAUCACGCACAGGCAUUCCCCGAACCAAGUAACAGUCGCCGCGUACCACCUCGGGCUCGGCGCAACCGGACAGUCAAGACUAGAUCCCAAACCAAACGCUCGAAGAGAUCAUUGAAUAAGUCACAUUUAGAAUUGGGAAGACCACUCAGCAAGCGCAAGAAGGUUGAAGUGGUUGAAACGACAUUUGUUGGUUCUGGUGUGAUACCUCCAUGGCAAGACCUCCCCUAUCACAUCCUGUUCGAUAUAUUCCUCCGCGCAUCACACCCCCUAGUCGACGAAGAAACUUUCAGCCGACAUAGUUCAGUCCAGUGGCUUGUGAGCGUUGCUUUGAUUUGCCGAUCUUUCCAUGAGCCUGCGCUGGCCGCUCUCUACCGUUGCCCGCCACUGAUCCCAAUCACUAAAUCUCACGGAUUGUUGAACUUGCUGUCCCAGCCCCCAGAAACCUUGUCGACCAACUACGCAAACAAAAUCAAGGAGCUCCACGUUGAUGUAGAGAACCUUCUCCUUUACAAAGGUGGGCCUCUGGGUUAUUUUGAAUUGUCUAGGCUGGUGGAAAGGAGCCCACAAGUCAAAAGAAUGCGACUCUAUCACCAGCAGGACUAUGUUGCAGGACUUCCACCAUGGCAGAUUGUCCGUUCAAAGUGGAACUAUCCAGAGUCUCUGUUUACUUCAAUAAAUUCGACUUCGAUUGUACUGCGCAGCUGGGAUUGGAACAGCCGGUUCAUGGACACAAAGCAAUUGCUGCCGGUUAUUUUGGGAAAACAUCUACUGCCUGCUUUCCAUGGUCUGCGGGAACUCAGGUUGUUGCAUGUGUCAUCCGAAGAUUUUGAGAUCGAGCAAGGUGAUGAGGUCUCAAAUGAAAGAGAAGUGGUUCUGGCCAUGGCCCUCAAGGAACUCCCGGAGCUGCAUCGGAUUGAAUUCUUGGAUUGUUCAAUUGUCAAUGAACACCUUUUGCCUAAUUUGCCGUCAACACUUACAUCCCUCACCAUCAACAACUGCGAUGAAGUAACAACAUCGAGCCUCGGCGCAUUUCUCACUUCCCAUGGCCAAACCCUUCGCGAAUUGAAUUUGAGCCACAACCGUCAUCUAAGUAUGUCAUUCAUGGUUACUCUGGGGCAAUCUUGCAAGCAGCUCGAAAAGCUCAAGAUAGACAUCUCAAUACACGACUCCUCCCCUUAUCAUGAUGUUGAGCCCCAUUUUGGAGAGCUCAUUGGUUCUUCAGAGAUCCCAACCUGGCCGGCCACGCUGCAGGAUAUCGAGCUGAUCCAACUUCGCAAAUGGGAUGACACCACUGCAGAGGUUUUCUUCACAUCUCUGAUGGAUGCAGCAUCUGAGCUGCGUGACUUGCGACGGCUUGUAAUUAGUGCAAUACUGAAGAUUGGGUGGCGGGAUCGUGCAACCUUUCGAGAAAAGUGGAUUGGGAGACUGGAGAAGGUAUUCCUGCGGCGGACCACACCCCCCGACUCAACCCUCUUCACUAUACCGCGCGAUCCACCGCAACCGGAGCCUGAUCCCUUGGAAGCAGCAGAAAAAACGAUCGCAGAAGAUACUGCUCAGUCUGAUGCACAGCAUAGUGGUCCAUCUACUCCAUCAAAACGUAAAAGUGCUCGCAUUGCCCAACGCAAAUUCUCAGAAGUGGAGGAUGAUUCGUAUCUUAGCGCAUCAUCGAGCCGAGCACCAAAUGGCGAUGACGCUGAUAAACAGGCUCUUACUAUCCAGGGCAUGUGUGAUGUCGUGAUGAUUCGAAUUGACAACCAACGCCCGACCGAAACGCAAUUCAACGAGCAAGACUUUCUUGACGAAGAAGCUAGCGGUGAUGAAGACUGGGACGGAAACGAUUGGGACGUUGCAGAUGGAGGUCAUGCAUGGUAG